GUUAUUGCAUAAUAGCCACACAAGAUUAUUCACAUAGGAUAAAUAGAAAAGUUUUCUUAGACAUCAUCACAUAUCUUUCAUCUUUGUAUAAGACAAAGCUAGAAAACCAUUUCUAUAUCCACACCAUGUAUGCUAAAAAGAAUACUGAAAUGUUUGCUCAAAUAGGAUCCAUAAUUGCUUCCUUGAUGUUUAUUUGGGCUAUUUUUCAACAAUAUUUUCCUUAUCAACUUAGGAACUUAAUUGAUAAAUACUCUCAAAGAUUGGUCACUUUUAUCUACCCUUAUAUUCAAAUCACAUUUCAUGAGUUCACUGGUGAGAGACUCAUGAGAAGUGAAGCUUAUUCUUCCAUAGAGAAUUACCUUAGCUCCAAAGCAUCUACACAAGCAAAGAGACUCAAAGGUGACAUAGCCAAGAAUAAUCAAUCCCUUAUUCUUAGCAUGGAUGAUAAAGAAGAAAUAUGUGAUGAAUUCAAUGGAAUGAAACUUUGGUGGGCCAGUGGCAAAAAAGCAUCCAACUCAAAUUCAAUUUCACUUCAUCAAAACAUAGAUGAAAAAAGGUACUAUAAACUCACUUUCCAUAAACACAAUAGAGAUGUGAUUUUAGGGAAAUAUCUUAGCCAUGUACUAAAAGAAGGUAAAGCAAUUCAAGUGAAAAAUAGACAAAGGAAACUUUAUACUAAUAGUGGAUCUCAUUGGAGCCAUGUUGUAUUUGAGCAUCCAUCAACAUUUGAAACAUUAGCUAUGGAUUUAGAGAAGAAGGAAAUGAUAAUUGAUGAUCUCAUUACAUUUAGUAAAGCUGGUGAAUUCUAUGCAAGAAUUGGAAGGGCAUGGAAAAGAGGUUAUUUACUUUAUGGUCCUCCAGGGACUGGAAAGUCAACAAUGAUUGGUGCUAUGGCUAAUCUGUUAAGUUAUGAUCUUUAUGACCUUGAAUUGACUGCUGUGAAGGAUAACACUGCAUUGAGGAAGCUUUUGAUUGAGAUAUCAAGUAAAUCUAUAAUUGUGAUUGAAGAUAUAGAUUGUUCACUUGAUUUGACUGGUCAAAGGAGGAAGAAAAAGGAAGAGGAAGAGAAAGAUCCAAGACAAACACAAGGUGAAAAUGUGGAAGAAAAAGAUGGAAAAAAUAGUCAAGUAACACUUUCUGGGCUAUUGAAUUUCAUUGAUGGACUAUGGUCUGCUUGUGGUGGUGAAAGACUUAUAGUUUUCACAACAAAUUAUGUGGAGAAAUUGGAUCCUGCAUUGGUUAGGAAAGGUAGAAUGGAUAAGCACAUAGAGUUGUCAUAUUGUGGAUUUGAGGCAUUCAAGUUGUUGGCUAAGAACUAUCUUAAUAUUGAGUCACAUUAUUUGUUUGGCACAAUAUGUGAAUUGUUGAAGGAAAUUAAAAUCACUCCAGCUGAUGUUGCUGAGCAUUUGAUGCCAAAGACUUCUUCUAAGGAUGCACAAGUUUAUUUGAAAAGUUUGAUUCAAGCACUUGAAUUGGCUAAAGAAGAAGCUAAGGUGAAAUCAGAGGAGGAUGCAAAGAUAGUAUGAAGGAUCUUCCAGGCAAGAUUUUCAUUGGAUUGAAAUUGAAUGAUUCUUGAUGCUAAGUGUAGUACUAUGAAAAUGGAUUAUAUGUAGUUAUGCAAUCAAGGAGUUGUAUUUUUGAGCUGUCUGAUCUUACAUUCCGACUGUGUUUUAGAUUAUUUAACAAAGGGUUAAAUA